GCCAAAUCUUAGGGAAUGGACGACCUUACUUGAACGACGAAGUGCCGAAACACGCCCCCGAACUGAACUAUACGAUGCAUUGAAGACGAGAUGGAAACUGCAAUACAGGGACUACCAUGUCAUCUUCGCUUCCUGUGCCCUCCAAGGCUGCCUUGACGGCACUUCGAGGCCUCGUCGUGGGCACCUCGUGCACCCUCGCCCUGAUCGCCGAAGAUCGCCGGCGAAAAAUCAACAAUGCCGUGCGCGUCAUUGAAAAUGGCCAGAAGAUCAAGUCAGCGAGGCGAUAUCGCGCCGGCGGGGCCGCGCUCGUUGCUGCUUUGGAGGAGGAGGCGCUGUCAGAUCCAGGCUGGUUCUCCAUCCUCCCAGCCCAUGUGCCGCCGCAGCAGUACGGUUCAUCACCGCCGACCCCGAUGCAACGGACAAGGCGGGAUAUUAAAGGAGCAGUCAAUGGGGACGGCAUUGAGAGCAUAGCCGAGGUAUCCAGGCCGGAACUGCCCGUCCCAGACAAGACGGUUGUGCCACAGCAGGAGGACCCAAUCAAGACAACCAUGCCAAACGAUGAUGCUAGGCGACCGCGUCGACCUACCCCGAGGCUGCGAAAACUUCAUGCAGAUCCAGCGAAGCGGCGGAUUAUGCCACUUGAGGCAGGCCCCAAAUGGCUUCGGGCAAACACGGACGUCUUGAAGGCUUAUGCAUGUCCCACAAACGAGGAAGUCAUAGCGAGGGUGAGGAACGCGUGCGAGGCCCGAGAUGCCCGUCAACUCAGCAACGCCUUGCGCCUCGUUAUCGAAGUGAUGGGAGAAAAGGACGCACCAGCCAACUCGGACGAAGCAUGGAUUGAAACCACCGCGCUGCUGUGUCGGACAUGUCAAGAGGAGGGACGAGUCGAGGAUGCCGCGAGGCUCCUCAAUCGGGUAAUAUCUCGAGGUCCGUUAAAGGAGGAUGUCUAUUUCAGGCACAACCCGUUCGCGCUGAUCGAGUCACUGCUUGCUCGAGCGGAACUCAGCGAGCAUGAAGGAGUCAAUUACCGAGCAGAGACCCUCAGCAGUGCAAUCAACUUGUUCUUGCCAACCUUUACGGAGCAACCAGCCGAACCCGAUCCCCAAGCCUACCAACUCGGGCGUAGGUUACUCGAGAUGACAUUUUCGACUAGUUCAGCACAUCGUGUGAUUGGGCUGUUCCGGCGUUGUUUCCUGUUUGCAGGAGACAGCUCGGAAAAUCUAACCUCUUGGUUCCUCACGAAGCUCUACGAGAUGCACGAUUACAAGUCCGUAGUGAAGAUAUUUCUCUCCACAUAUGCCAAGACCUCUCCCCCCGAAGAAUCUGUUGGCGCUAUAGGAGACAGAGUCGUCGACAGCGUCAAGCUCGCCCACAAUUACAGGGCCGAUGAGGUCCUGGAGAAUCUCCAUGGCAUUUACUCCAGUCUUGGGCAUGCCAAGAUGAAAGCAAGAUGGGUGAUGGAGCUACUGACCGCGCACUGGGCCAAACAUCGCAGCUUUGAAAAGAUCGAGUCGCUCUUUGCGCUUUUGGGGCCCCCCAACAUCCAAAAAAAGGUGAUCCACCCCGAGGCCGUAUAUCGUGUUAUGGUUGAGCUCGCUCUGGAAGCGGGGGAGGAAAUGAAAGCCGAGUCAUACUUUCGCGAUGCUGUCGCUCAAGACGCCCGGCAAGCCUCGGACAUCCGGUUGUUAGGCGUCCUUGCUCGCUUCCAUGCCAAGAAUGGCGACUGGGAAGCAGUUCGCAGCGCAUUUGCAGCCAUGAAUUGGGAAGCGAAGGCAAAUUCCGAGGGGAACUCCAAGGCCUAUGGCCAUGCGUUCGUUCCGAUCCUCAAAGAGUACAUCCAGCAUCAUACGAUUCGCGAGACGGAGGAGUUUGCGAAAUCCUACAUUGACGAAUUCAAAGUACCGUUAUCCAGCUACACGGUUACAUUGAUGGCCAAGCAGUACGCAGCCAUCCGUGAUGUCAGAUCUUUGAUCGACUGGUUGGAAUACUGCAGCCGAGCGGGUUUUACCGUCGACGCCGCUUUCAGCAACGCCAUCCUGGUAAGCUGCCGGAGAGAAUGGAAAUUUCCAUUCAGAGAUCUCCGUACACUCUUCCGAAAACUGAGGUCCCUAAACCCCUAUUUUGUCGACAGGCAUACGGAGCGUAUCAUGGCGGAUGCUGCGCUCUCGGCGUCUAAAUACGGCGGGAAAGCCGCUAAGGGGCGGCUCCUCUCACUGAGGAUUGACCCGAGCAAAGUAGCGAUCAAAAACAAAUGCACCCAGGUGGAUGAUGUUCGCCUCGCAAUGAAAGAGGCCAUAACAUGCCAUCGGCCCGAGAGCGCCGUCCGAAUCUACAAACUCGCUCUACAUCAGGGAAUGCCAUUUUGCCCGCAGAUCUUGCGCUUAGCGGUGCAAGCGCGGUUCAAGUCAGCACCCAAUGGCUUGUUCGGGGCGUUGGAGCUGAUUCGUGACGCCGAGAAAAGGGGCCAAGAUACAGAACCGGCCAUCAAUUACCUCCUCGCCAUGCAACUGGCCGAGAUUACCGCCACCAGAGACCCAACAAAUACCCUGAACACAAUCCGGGCCGCUCUUGCGCAGUUCAAAAAACUUGGCAUCCACCUGACAGACCGGUCCCUCCACCGCGCGGCCCUGACGUGCCUCGAAGCCGGCCACUUCCAGGGGGCGAUCGGCUAUGCCCUCAAGGCGGCCGAGGCAGCGGGCAUGUCGGCGAUAGGGCCAUGCUACAACCUGCAGAACUUCAAAAUCCUGCUGUCCGCCUACGCCGAGCUGGUCGACGUGCCGGGCAUCAGGGACACCGUCCGUCGGGCGCUCGUGAGCCGCUACCGCGAGGACACGGCCUGCCUCAGAGCCCUGAAGCAUGCGCGCGCCAAGGUCGCGCACGCGACUGCGCGGGGCGGCGUCACCGAGGCGCAGCGACGGCUGGCUCGCGCCGCCAUCGACGGAGGCAUCGAUACCGUCGUGAAUGCCAGGGAGAACCUGCGCCACGAGGCUAAGCAGCUCUGCGAGGAGGCGCUGCGGAUCAUGAAACGCGCCGCGCUGGAUGCCGGCUGUCCGCCUGUCGACUUUGAGGAUAUCCCCUGGCUUGGUGGGGGGAAGGGGAAGGGGGAGAGGAAUCGUGCUGGGGGUGGGAAUAGUAACGAGGUUGUGGACGACGACGGCGACGGCGACGGGGGGUUGCCUCGCUUUGACGGUGCGGACGGCAAGGAACCGUGCAGCUUGGGUCUGGAUGAUAAGAGAGUGCCUGCUCGCGCGAUAACGGCGGUUGAGGCGUUCUGAGAGGAGCCAUGUCUACAAAAUAUCUACUUGUCUGUAUCUGGGAACGGGCAACUUGUAGCGUCCACCGUGUCAGUGUAUGUGUAAGCUCUGUAUGUAUGCGUAUGUGUUUGUAUGAAAUGUAUAUAUGUGUGUAUUAAUCAUGUCUGCCAUGUUGUUGGCCUCUGGACACUAGGUAGCAGCCUUAAAUUCCAUCCGACAGCGAAGGGACUGUUGUUGGGGCUCAGAAGAA